GUUCAGUCCAGAAUGACUCUCUUUUUCUUCGAUCUUUCUUCAUUUGUUUUAGCCCGGCCGUCCAGCCCAGUCCUAACCGGACCAGGCAGGGCCUGGUCAGGCCCUUAGGUACCAAGUACUGGCCAAGGGCAAGCCCGGACCCCCACCCCUGUAAAUUUUACGUUUUCGCAUCAAGAUGGCUUAUAUAUCGCCACCGAAAUUUACUGAACGCUUUCCAAAAUUUCGGCAAUUGGAAAUAUGCAGUCGCGCCAAUAUUCUGGUGACCGUUGAUCCGCGUGGUUGGCCCUGGUGAAAUGGAUAUAAGCCCCCUCGUUUCUCACUUCCAAAAAGCUCAUGGCACCAGUAAGCUUCGUGCCAUUAUGAGAGAGAUACAGAAAAGCCAUGGCCUGCAGCUUCUCUCCUCUUUUCUUCUCUCUAAGAGUCUCCUCUUCCUCUUCUUGUUCUCCUUUUACUGUAACUGCAACUUUGAACUCUUCUUCAAUUCCUGCAACCCAGCUUCCAGGAAGAGCACUUGAGCCUAUCAUAGUCCAUGGUGAUCCCCCCACCUUUGUCUCGGCUCCUGGUCGUCGAAUUGUGGCAGUUGGUGACAUGCAUGGAGAUCUUGCACAAGCUAAAUGUGCGCUGGAAAUGGCUGGUGUCUUGAGCUCAGAUGGUGAAGAUGCUUGGAUUGGUGGUGAUUCGGUAUUGGUUCAGCUUGGGGAUAUUCUUGAUCGUGGAGAAGAUGAAAUAGCUAUUUUGUCUUUGUUGCGAUCACUAAGUGAUCAAGCCGAAGACAAAGGUGGAGCAGUAUUUCAGGUUAAUGGAAACCACGAAUCCAUGAAUGUGGAGGGAGAUUUCAGAUAUGUUGAUCCUGGAGCAUUUGAUGAGUGUCUGGCCUUUCUGGAAUACUUAAAUGAUUAUGGCAAAGAUUGGGAAGGUGCUCUGAUUGGCUGGAUUAAAGUAUGUCAAAACUGGAAGAACAAUAGGGAAGUUUCAAGAAGCAAUUGGAGCCCUUGGAAUGUGAUAGCGAGGCAAAAGGGAGUGAUUGCUAGAGCUUCCCUUUUGAGACCAGGAGGUCUAUUGGCAUGUGAAUUGGCACGUCAUGCUGUUGCUCUCAAAGUAGAUGAUUGGGUAUUCUGCCAUGGUGGUCUUCUUCCUCAUCAUGUUAGGUAUGGUAUAGAACGUAUGAAUCGAGAAGUAUCAUGUUGGAUGAGAGGAUUAGAGGGGGAGAGCCAUGCACCCAAACUUCCAUUCAUAGCAACCAGAGGUUAUGAUAGUGUUGUUUGGAACCGCGUGUAUUCAAGAGACUCAGAAGAGACAGAAUCGGGAAAGCGCCAGAUAUCUGCACUUCUUGAAGAGACUUUGCAAGCAGUAAGUGCCAAGGCAAUGGUUGUGGGUCACACUCCUCAACCAUCUGGGGUAAACUGUAAAUAUAAUGGCAGCAUAUGGCGCAUUGAUGUGGGGAUGUCAAGCGGAGUUCUUGAUGCUUCUCCAGAGGUUCUCGAAAUCAUUGACAACAAUGUGAGAAUUAUAAAGAAGGACGCUAAGGCAUUCCAUGGGCAUUCUGUUGUAAAUUACAUAUGAAACUUUCAUAUGGCCCAAUAAGGUAGGACAUAUGAUUUCGUUAUAUUUGUUCAUUGGUCUAUUGGCCGGUAACAAUGUUUAACAUUAACAUUCAUUGGAAAUUUGGCAAUUAUUUAUUCAGUUUAUUUGUAUAAGAAUCAAACCUACAUAUUUCCCUACCAAUUUAUUUUAGCACAACCAAAUAGUUUUCUCUGCUUUUCUUACUGUUUAUCGACAUUCAGUGUCAGCCUUAAUAGAAAAAUUUAUGUAUUUGAUUCUUGAGC